AUGCCGAGCAGCAGCGCCGCCACGGCUUCCUCCUCCCAGCCGCUCCCGCUUCUGCCGGUGUUGGGAUCCGUCCUGCUCUCGCCCGCUCUCGAUGAGCAGGAGGUAGCGGCCGGGGCGCACGAUCCUGAGGGCAUGAUGGCGGCAAUGCUGUCCCACACUUACGGCGGUGGCCUGAGUGGCGGCGGUUCGGUGGGCCUCAGCGGCGAGCAGACGGCGUUGCUCUGCGGAAAGAGCGUCAACACCACCGAGUGCGUGCCCGUGCCCAGCUCUGACCAUGUGGCUGAGAUCGUGGGCCGCCAGGGUUGCAAAAUAAAAGCACUAAGGGCCAAGACAAAUACUUACAUUAAGACCCCUGUUCGGGGAGAAGAACCAGUCUUUGUUGUCACUGGGCGAAAGGAGGAUGUAGCCAUGGCUAAAAUGGAAAUUCUCUCAGCUGCUGAACACUUCUCCAUGAUCAGAGCAUCACGCAACAAGAGUGGUCCUGCUCUGGGAGGCCUGCCAUGUACCCCUGAUCUGCCAGGUCAGAUGACAGUCCAAGUCAGGGUGCCUUACCGUGUAGUUGGGCUGGUGGUUGGACCAAAAGGAGCUACAAUCAAAAGAAUUCAGCAGCAGACCCAUACCUACAUAGUCACCCCCAGCAGGGACAAGGAGCCAGUCUUCGAAGUCACAGGAAUGCCUGAAAAUGUCACCUGUGCACGUGAGGAGAUAGAGAUGCAUAUAGCCAUGCGUACUGGGAACUACAUCAAGCGGAAUAAAGAGAAUGAUUUCCACUACAAUGGUACAGAUGUGAGUUUUGAAGGAGGCACUCUCAGGUCUGCAUGGCUUGCUUCUAAUCCUGUCCCUCUUAGUUGCACUAGAAUGAUUUCUAAUUAUAGGAAUGACAGCUCCAGCUCCUUGGGAAGUAGUUCCACAGAUUCCUGUUUUGGAAGCAAUAGAUUGGCUGAUUUCAGCCCAACAAGUCCAUUCAGCAAAAGCAACUUUUGGUUUGGAGAAACAUUGCCUUCAGUGGGCAUGGAAGACCUCGCGGUUGACUCUCCUGUUUAUGACUCCUUAUCAAUGCCUUCCCAAACCAUUUGGACUCCUGGCUUUGGUAGUGACCCUGCUAUUAAUACUAAGCCUCAAUGCCAAGGGAGACAGCCAUCUACUCCUUGCCUGUCACCCACAUUUCCAGAAAGCCUGGAUCAUCCGCUGGCUGGGAGAGCGAAUAAUGACCCACCUAGCACUGGCCACCAAGUAGGCCUUCCUAUCUACAUUCCUGCAUUCUCCAAUGGCACCAACAGCUAUUCAUCUUCCAAUGGUGGCUCCACAUCCAGCUCACCCCCUGAGUCAAGACAGAAGCUCAACUGCGUGAUGUGCUUCGAGAACCAAGUUGUUGCAGCUCUGGUCCCCUGUGGUCACAAUCUCUUCUGCCUGGAGUGUGCCAACAAAAUCUGUGAAAAGGAAGUCCCAUUGUGUCCUGUUUGCCAGACAGCUGUUACUCAGGCAAUUCAAAUUCACUCUGAAAUAGAGAUAUUAUAG